AUGGUUUCGUUAGCCAGAAAAUCACCUGAAGAACGAUUGACUAUUUGUCGUAAAUAUUAUCUAGGUGGUUUCGCUUUUUUACCACUCCUGUGGCUGAUCAAUUUCAUUUGGUUUUUUCGACAAGCAUUUAAAGUUGAACCAUAUCCACAACAAGCGGAAAUUCGAAAAUAUGUAAUUCGAAGUGCAAUCGGUACAGUCAUUUGGUGUAUUAUAAUUAUUGCAUGGAAUAUUAUAUUUCAACAACUUCGAACUCGAAUGGGUCCAGUUGGAGAUUAUUUAACAUUUGUUGUUCCACGAGGAUACUAUUAA